AUGCCUUUCCUGCGUUCUUUGUGGUCUAUUGCCCUCCUUGUAUACGCCUUUGAAACUUCCAUUGGCGUGGAAUUCGCACCAACUGCCACUUGGGCCACACUGCAGAGUUCAGCUCUUGGCUGGGCCAAUCUGCCUACCAUUACUGCAGGAGCUUCCCAUGCAGAAUUGAAGGCGAGGGCCUCAAAUGAGCAGAAUCCCAUUUGCGGUUGGAUUGGGGGAAAUGGAGCUUCGGCAGUAAGUUGUGGUGCUGACUUCUACUGUGCGACGGCGAGUACGUAUGUCGGCUGCUGCGCAAGCACCAGCUGUGCCGGGGUUGUGACAACAUGUUACGACCUCUUGGGUGCGGUAUGUGAUGCUGCUUGUCAACACGAUAUUGGCAAUCUGGUUUGUUCUUCCACACUUCCAUACUGCGCGACGUAUAAUUACGAAGGUGGAUCGGUGGGUUAUGGCUGCGCUGUUGCGAGAGGCUACACGGUCUCCGUCCUCCUGAGCACGACGACCAGCGAUGGCGGCCGACUCACAACCUCUUCACCAACCUCUUCACCAACCUCAGCAGCUGCCUCCUCGACCUCCGCCGCGUCUUCCACAUCAACGACAGCGGCCUCAAGGGGUUCGAAUAAGAGCGGAUUGGGGGGCGGUCCAAUUGCCGGGAUCGUGAUCGGUAGCAUCGCUGGGAUUGCUUUGGUCGCCUUCUUGCUCCUCCAAAUUCGUCGCAAACACCGCCAAGAAAUUCAAGCGCUCCGACAGCAGCAGCAUCCUUUCCCGCUGCAAGACAGGGGAAGUUAUGCAAGCCAACCGUACUCACCUGGAAGUGCGUACUAUGACCAGAAUAAAGAGGGCUUCAUUCCCGCCUCGCCCCCAAUGAGCGACACAAUGGGCUCGCCUCAUGCCUCGGUCUUCAACCGCCCUCCCAAUUAUAUGGGCCCGACGAUCGCGGAAAUGGCGACAGACGAGCAUACAAGAGCGAGGCCAUGAGCAUAAGAAACCACAACUGUAGAGGAUGGAAUGGUAGCUUGAGGCGUUCUGGUAUUGUGAUGUAUCUUCGGUGCCUUUGUGUAGAUAUGCAAUGAAUCUGGGAACAAGGUCUCGGUAGGGCGGAUUU